AUGCUUAAACGCAGCUUCUCUCCUGAUACCACGCAAGGCCGUCUCAAAACUUUACGACGCAAUGGACCUAUUGUUCUCGCUGCUGGUGAUGAUGGUGAUCCCGAUGUGUCUAUGGCAUCACUGCAUGAGUCGUUCUUGUUAGGCUCGCCUUCUCGUUCACGGGAAUCAUCUGAAAGUCUUGAAGAAAGUGAGGACUAUGAAUGCCAACUCUUGGCAAAAGACGGUGGUGGUACCGACAGUGAAUACCAGGAGGACAAUGAUGAUGAUGAUGACGAGGAGGAGGACGAUCAAGAGGACUUGGCGCUUAAAACGUCAUAUGAAAGGGUUACGGUCAAAAUACCCACCUUGCCGAGUGAUGAAGAAGAUGAGAUCGUUGUGUAUGGUGUCCACGAUUUGAACAAGGGCUUUGGUGAUUGGUUACGACGUUACCUAUUCACGGUGAAUGCCUUUGUACCUUCAUGCAAGCAUGGCAGCGCUUUUCAUCAUCUUUUCAGUCGACUAUUUCAUGUUCCUCAAGAACAAGAGUUUCGUGUUACGGACCAUGUUCACGAAAAGGUUAUGAAAACCUUCAGCAACUGCCGUGCCAGAUUAUCACUUGUUGUCAAGGAGGCCAUGAUAUCCUACACAUUCGAUGAUACGACCCUGCCAGACAAAUGCAAAAAGAAUCGCAAGAGGCAACUCAAGUACAUGUUGGACGCCAUGAGAUUUGCUCGCAAGGAUUAUUUGUCAACGGGUGCUCUCUUGCAGAGUACUAUGUUAGGGGAUGUGAUUGCCAAAGUAUUUUACCAAGGGAAAGGAAUGGGAUUGGUGUUGGAAGAAGACUCGGAGGACAAAGUGCCACGCCCCGUCAUUGCCCUUGCAUUUGUAUUUAUGUACGUCAACAUGCACAUGCUGUGCCACAAGAAACGGGAUCAAAAGUUUGUGAGAGGUCGUGAGGCUGGUUCUUUUCGGGCAUCACUUUACCACACUACAUUACGAGGUGUUUAUGACAAUGGCGAAGCAGUGGAUUGGAAUGAGGUCCAACGCAUACAAACCGAGCGCGUGCAUCAAAACUUGAAACGUUGUGAAGUAUCUGGCUCUCUUGCUUUUUGUCCAUUGAGCGCAAGCUAUCGACCAAAGUAUCAAGAUGGUGUGUACGUUACAGAUAGUGAAGAAGAUUAG